AUGGAGGAACAAUUGGCGAAAUUGGAUUUGAAUUCGAAUCCGAAUCCAGAACCUGAAGCCGAAGGCGAAGAUGAAGUUGGUUGGUAUAGUAUUCCGCUGGAAAUGAGAGAAAUCGUCUUGGAAGAGAUGACAACUGAAACAAAACGACGAUUCUCGAUGUGCUCCAAAGAUUGUUGGAAGAAGGUUAGAAGAUCGAAGAAUUUCCUCAAGAAGAUCUCGUUGUUUUGGAUGGAAUUCGAUAUUAGGAUGGAAGUUUUGAUUGGCGACGAGUUUUAUGUUAAAUUCCAGUUUUUUCAAAAUAAUGAGCAAGAGACAGAAUGUUCGAUUUUCGGGCCGAAUUAUCACAAAACUUUCAAAGUUGAUGGAGAUUUACAUAUUAUUGGUCUUGAAUAUUUUCAAAAGUUUAUUGAAGAUGCAAUUCAUCUUGAAAAUCUUGAAUUGGAAGUGGUAGGCAAAUUUAUUCAGGAUUAAUUUUCAAUAUUAAUAUAUAUAUAAUUUAGGAUAACUUCCCAUUCGAUAAAAUCAAUAUUCAUCAUCUGAAGAAGCUCAAAAACUUGAGAAUCAACAAGUUUCAUUAUGCGGAAGAGGAGUUGAUUGAUCCGUUCGAAUCUGGUUUCUUGAAUUUUGCUCAAUUUUCAAAAAUUGAAAAUAGUAUUAAAAUGGAGAAUUGUCAAAGUUUGAAUUUCGCGCAAGUUUGUGAAUUGAAAGCGGGUUUUAUUUGCUUGAAAAAUCUUCGUUUAUCAACUGAGAAUUUCGAACAAUAUUUGAAAUUGUGGAAAAAUGGAGAAGUUGGGGAGAAUAUUCAAAAAGUAUUCAUGCAAACAAUCGAGGAAAUUGAUCGAGAAGAGAUUUUAAGAGAUUUGGAAACUAUUGGCAAGCAUGAGAAGUGAGUUUUGGUUUUGAAGAUUUUCAAAUCUUUAAAUAAACACAUUUAUAUUUAGCUACGAUGGAAAGAUCUGGUUGAAACUUCGAAAUUCGGCUGGAGAAACUGCCGAAGUUUCGAUGUCGAGCAAUUCGGUUUCAAUGAAUUUAAGAACAUCGGAUGACGAGUAUGAAUUCGAGUAUGAAAAUCUGGAAGAUUCUGAAGACGAAGUCGAUUUGGAAAAUUCGUUGGACGAGUUUUCUGAAGCCGAAAUGUAUCGCAAUUUUUUGAAUGACGAUGGUUUCGAAUUCGGUGAUGAAGACGAUGACGAUUAA